AUGACUAGUGCAGAGAUACGCGGGACGCUGUACGGCAAGGUGCGACGCUACCUGGCGACGACAAAGAAACAGGUGCGCUUCAACGUCAACCUGCUGGUGGAUCAUGAGGAGGAUCUGAUCAAGGAACUGCAGCUGUGGAUGAUUCAGCAGUGCGAUCCUAACGACUUCCGGCCGGCGGAGUCCGAGGUGUGGUUAGAACGGUACGACGGGCAACAUCAGCACCCUACGGAACAGAUGGGAGAAGGAGAGUUCUGGGACUUCGUCUACUCGGAUAGAUGGGACGACUACAGUUCACUUAGAAUUUGCGAGGGGGCGCUUCUCCAGCGACUGAUGGAGGUGUUCUACGGCCUCAAGCGCCAGGGAAAACUGCACGAAUUUGAGACGGAAAUCGUGGAAGCCAAAACAAAGGCAGGGUUAUAUCAAAGAAUUGUUGGCCAUACAAAACACGACAUGCGGCUGGCCUUUAUCUACUACGGGCUGUCUUCACAGACCCCAAAAGAUGAGCAACCAACAACAAUUUCUCCCAAGACGUCCCCACACCUAGCCAUGUUCAGAAGCGACCCUGUGCUGGUGGAACGUUCGGUGGAAAACCUGGUGUCCUUCCUCUCGAAAAGAUCCAUGUCGUGGCCUUCGGACUUAGCCACAGCCGCGACCACCGCAUCUAGCAACCUACAGAACCAGUCUCGGUCACUGACUCUGGUCACAGGCGAUAGUACCGUUAAUACAAGACUAAGAAAGUCGCCGCUUGACUCCUCAACAUGUGAGAUUUUUAACGAAUCCGGAAGACAAACUGCCGACAGCUACGCCUCGACUCAACUCGGAGACUCCGCCAACUACUCAUACACGUCAUCCCCUACUCCCGACGUCUUCAGUUUCGGUACAUCGUCUACUACUAACGUUAAUACAUCCUCGUCGGAGAAAGAGUUGGAGUUUUGUACGCGAAGCUCGAAGGGGAAGUUUGUCUGCUUUGAUGUAGAGGCUCUCGCUAAGCCGGAAUCUGGUACAGACUUCGUCCCGCCAAGGGCAGUUUCGCCCCACCCUUCCAAGAGCGGCUCUAAAAGCGGACAGUCUGACAAGGAACCCUCCUGCUACCCGAGGCUUCCGCCAACCUUCGGGACGCCGAGAAAGGACAGGCCGUCUUCCCUUACCGCGCUGCAGAGUUCAGACGACAAGGAUAAAGUUGUAGAGAAAUCGCCCCCAAAAGCAAAGGUUCUGGACAUAGUAACCCGCUUAAAGGAAGCCCAGCGCCUUAAGAAAACCCGACGCCAGGCCGUGUCCGCCGAAGACAGCGAAUCCAGUGUGCAGAUUGCGACCCCAGAAGACGACCUAGCCGCACCUAGGUCCAUCCUCCGCCAAAAUGACAACACCAACUAUUUCUCUGAGAACUCAAACUCCCAAGUGUCCGACUCAACCGGGGACAAGACGCCUCCUUUCUACGCUCUCAACCGUACCUACAGUUUCGACAAGCUCAUAGAACGAAGAAAACUCGGUACAACAGAAGAGGAGGAAGAAUCUGUUCUAGACGAAGACGAGCGGAAACUACCUGAUCUAAGCGUCCUUCUGGGUCACUAUGCCCUCAGCAGACGGCGACACUUCGCUACAGACACCAAGACGGCUGCGAGCGCGCGCCAAGACUUCUUCCCAAGAGUUAAGGAGGAAGAUUUCGUGGAGGGUUGCCUGAAGGCACUGGAAGAGUUUGUGGUACGGAAGGAGCAGGCGGUGGUGCAUGUCGGGAGGACUGUGGUCAGAGUUAUCACGACAGUUACUAUCAACAAAGUGCCGCUCCUCAAACGGUCCUAGCAAAGAUCAAGAAAACUAGAUC